UAGGCUUUAUCCCACCACGGUCUGCUUGCAAUUGUGAAUGCUGAAUAUAAUUAUUUUGGUCUCUUCCACGGGCACGUAUUCAACAGUGAUCACAGUAUGAGAUAACUGCUGCUUCGGUUGUACGGCGACCUGGACAUUGUCAAUUUGUCACCCACCUACACCUACACCUACAUGCAUACGCUUAAUGCUUAAUCCGAUGGAAACGUGGUGUUCUACACGCGCCUUUUGGUCAACAAAAAUAGACUUCAAAACAAACAGUCUUAUCAACUACGACAAUCCUCAACCGUCGGAUCAUUCUCAAUCAACCUCGUCUAAAAAACCAAAGGUCCACGCAAAUAAAAUAUUAUUUUAUUAAUAUUAAUUAUUGUUGUUAAUGAUUGUUGCUUGCCCUGAAGCUCAAGCUGAAGCUGCUCUUAGAAUUGGACUCAGUACUUUUCUUCUGCUAAAAAACGCCCUCUCUCUCUCUCUCUCUCUCUCUCUCUGCCUCUAUCUCUAUCGAGUUUACGUUUCUGGAUGAACUCCAUCAUUAUCUUCUCUCCAUGAACUCGUAAGCAGCUUCUUUCGUAUUACACAAAUACAUAAUCAACAGAAAGAGGAAUACAUACAAAUAUAUACUUACAUAUAUUUAUAUACACAUACAUGGCGUUUCAUCACAACCACCUUUCUCAAGAUCUUCCGCUUCAUCACUUCACCGACCAGCAACAACCACAACAGCAGCAAAGCAUCUCUGAAACAACAGCUCCGAGUUGGCUCAACUCGGCACUUCUUCGUACACAACAACAACCACAACCUCCUCCGCCACAGCCACACUUUACAGAUACAAACUUUCUCAACCUCCGUACUACCGCCAACAACAAUACGGCGUCGGAUUCUGACGCUUCUCAAACUCCAAAUCAAUGGCUGUCGCGCACAUCAUCCUCGCUCGUACACCGGAACCACAGUGACGUAAUCGACGAUGUCAAUCCAACCAACGGCUCGCUCAUCGCGGCCGUUGAACCCGCCGAUUUGAAAAACAGCAACAGCGAAAACAUGAAUAAUAAUAAUAACAAUAAAAGCGAAGGAGUGGUUGUUGAGAGUGGAGACGGAGUGAUGAACUGGCAAAAUGCGAGGUACAAGGCGGAGAUAUUGACGCAUCCGUUGUAUGACCAGUUAUUGUCAGCACACGUGGCGUGUUUGAGGAUCGCCACGCCGGUGGAUCAGCUGCCGAGGAUUGACGCUCAGUUGGCUCAGUCGCAGCAUGUCGUGGCUAAGUACUCGGCUUAUGGCGGGGGUCACGCCAUGGUUCCUGAUGACAAAGAACUCGAUCAGUUCAUGACACAUUACGUUCUGCUGCUUUGUUCAUUUAAAGAACAACUGCAACAACAUGUCCGGGUACAUGCAAUGGAAGCGGUAAUGGCUUGCUGGGAGAUUGAGCAAUCCCUACAAAGCUUAACAGGAGUUUCACCAGGUGAAGGUACAGGUGCAACAAUGUCUGACAUUGACGAUGAGCAAAUUGAUAGUGAUACCAACUUGUUUGAUGGAAGUUUGGACGGUGCAGAUACUAUGGGAUUCGGUCCUCUCAUACCAACAGAGAGUGAAAGGUCUUUGAUGGAACGUGUGAGGCAGGAAUUGAAACACGAAUUGAAACAGGGCUACAAGGAGAAAAUUGUGGACGUAAGGGAGGAAAUUUUGCGCAAGAGAAGAGCUGGAAAACUUCCUGGUGACACCACCUCCGUUCUAAAGGCUUGGUGGCAAUCACAUUGCAAAUGGCCAUACCCUACAGAGGAAGAUAAGACUAGGCUGGUGCAGGAGACAGGUCUCCAAUUAAAACAGAUAAAUAAUUGGUUCAUCAAUCAGAGGAAGAGGAACUGGCACAGUAAUCCUUCAACUUCAACAGUCUUGAAGAACAAACGCAAAAGUAGUAAUGCAGGUGAAAACAAUGGUGAUCGAUUCAUGUAAAUUGAAGACUAUCUGAGUGCCGACCUGGAUAAUCUCUUUCAUGCUCCAAUUCCAGUGAUAAAUUCAAUAUACACCUACUACAUAGAAACUGCGACAGAUAGGGCUUCAGAGUCAGCUUUGGGGUUACACGACGAGCCAUAUUUUGCUACAUACAUGCUAUCUGAAAUAAUGAAAAUGGCUAAUGAGUAAAUAUGGUCAUGACGAACCCGAUUCAUGCCAUAUUCUGCAUGUAUACAUAAAAGUCAUGCAUAUGGUGCUAUGUAUGUGAUGCAAUAUCUGCAGAAAUUAAGUUCAGUAUUUAGGAAUUAUAGAACUGUUAACCGAAUUUAUCCAUUUCACACAUACUGUUGGAUUUAUUAUUAUUUUUGCUUUGCCUCGUCAUAUUUGUGAAUAAUAGUAGUGAGGGGUUGUGGCUGUACAGUACAGUGUAAUAAUCUUGGUCUAAUUUCUUAAGAGUUAUUAUACCAGUGGCUAUGUACUUUCUUGGCACUGUAAUUUAGUUUAAAUUUUGCGGCAA